AUGCUUGUGAGUCUUUCAACGAUGUUGUGAUCCCUUGAAGUCGCUUUGAUUGAAUGUAAGCACUCUUUCCGCCCCUGUGAUCGAUCUUGUCUUCGCUUGGAACAGCUAAAGUAGAGUGCCAAAAGCAGCAUCAGCCUCCGCGUCAAAGAUUCCGAUUAUGGGUCGAGAAUUGCCAGCCUCAGAAAGGCGCUCAAUCACUUCGCUUGGUUCAUCUGAUGGUCAGGAACACGCAUCGAGGAAUCUAGUGACCUCGCUUGGUUCAUUUGAUGGUCAGGAACACGCAUCGAGGAAUCUACAGAACCUCAAGAAAAAGUGGGAUCUGCCUGGAGGAACAUCGACCGGCGACCCAGAAGGCCAGGCGGACGAUGACACAGACUAA